UGUGUGUGUGGGUGAGUGAAGUUUGUGCGCUAGUUUUGCCGCUCAUCUUUGGCUGAUGCAUUUCCCCAGUGUGUACAACCAUGUAGAUCUACAUGAUUGACAUUGUAUCACUGUUCCGCUACUGCUACUACUGGCGCUAGCUAGUCUUGCAGGUCAUAACAAUUUGGAAAAGUGAUCCUGUCAGCUUUUCUUAUUGUGGUCACAUGGUACACGAACGCAGCCAGUAUUGGCAUCUAGAUUUACAGCAAAUAAUUGAACAAUACCGCUUCGAGCUCUUCGCACCCUAUCUUCGGUUUGAGCCAUAAUUAUGAUUAUUAUCGUGUCAAUUUUAGAACAUUUCCUCUCAAGUCUCAUGAUCCUAUUAAUUUCGCCUAUGAUCAUGAUGAUACCCAUGUUCCCCGAUUCUCAACAUCAUUCUAAAGAAGACCGCGAAGAUGGGCACCUCACGAGUAUACCCGUUACUUGUCUAGGAGUUUAGCGUCUUGUUUUGUUGACAAAACAAACGAACACCCAGAUGUCAAGCGGCAGCAUCUCCGAGUCAACUGGGGUCAUGGGCUCGCCAAUGAUGGGUCUCGCUUCCAUGUAUUUCGUGAUCGCCGGACGUCAACAGAUUGUUUUUUUUCAGUUAGGGAGUACCGCUUGUAGCUGUAGCACAGACUGUCAGACUCCCUGGUUUCAAUCAAUGAGAAACCGGAGCAGAAGAAGAAGAGAAGACGACUGACAUGCAAGACGCCUGCCAUCCUUUUCUCGAACAAGCCAUAAUGACUCUUAUUUUGGGUAGGACUGUAAGUACGUUGCAAGCCGCGUAGCCUAACCCGCUACACUGCCCACUCGUACUCGACUUGACGACGACCUUGUCGCGUCGGGACGCCAUUGAAUUAUGCCGGCCAUCGACGAGCGGACGACGAGGCGAGUCCUGGCACCGCGGAAUAGAACAGCGGCCAAACCGUCGUCAUUCCAGCAGCACGAGAGCGUCGUUCAGCGGAUUAUGACCACCAGUCGAAACACGCAGGCACGACCCGCACCGUCGGUGGUGACCAUCGACAGGUCUUCAACGGAGGCUGAGCAACAGUCCGCCGACGUGCAACUGGCUGGUAAGGCCCGCAGCAGCCGUGCACGGCUCGAGCGCGCACUGGCCGUGUGCUCGUCCGACGAUGCACCGACUGGCUCCGGCGCGGCCUGGACGAAUUCGGAGCGAACGAGCAGUUACGCUCGUCAACCAGAUUCCGGCGCUGGCCACAGAGCCCCCGCUCGUUCAACUUCAAGACAUCACCAUGCGGUAGGCGGCAUGAGUCGUCACAGCAGCAGUAGCGGUGAAGGCAAACUCGCUACCGACCAAGCGCGAGGCAGACCGCGGCAUGAGCUGGGAGCCAUCUCCUCGGAUCCACUACGAACACCGUCCAUCACCAGCACUGCGAGGCAACGCGAUAGGACUGCUAGAAAUGGCCAGAGCAGUGUGCAGACAGCAACGAAACGCGAGCAAAGAGCCAAGAGCCAGAAGUGUCAAAACGCGACAAGCACUGGUGCUCUCCUACCCCGCAUACGAAUCGCCUGUGCUUUGACCAAUGGCACAGACGACGAGCAGCAGAAUACAUUAGGUAGAGCACCAAGCCACGGGUUCCACCAAGCACUGACAAGUCAGCCGAUGGCGCUGUUGAACGACCCUGCCGCGGCUUCACUGAACGGCGAAAGCACCACCUUGGCCAGGGGAGCAAACGCUGGCGAGGACGGUGGACGGCACGAUGAAGCUCCUCUACUCGGCCCCGCAUCCCGGCUGAACCUGUGUGCAAUCCGUGAGGGCGUUGCGAGCGUGGCCUCAUCCUACGGUGCCGACAUCGAGAGUGCGUUGUCAGGACACGAGAGUCCGUGUGCAACGGCAACACAAACGCAAGUCAAGCCGGCGGCGACGAAAUCAUCGUCCACCGGCGAGAACCUCACCUUCCCGAAAUUGGGACGGUCGCCGAAAACGACGCCCGGCGGACCGAGGAUGACGAGCAUUGUGGCGGCGCGGCGCAACAUGAGGCCGCUGCGGAAUCGGACACGUGAUCGCACGCGCACGCAGCCGACAUCGGGGCUUUCGACCGUGGCCGGGGAGCAUGCUGCAUCUGACCGCAGCGUUCUCUUGUCCAAGACGUUUCCCGGCGGAUUCGUCAGCCUUCCCGUCGGCGUCGGCUGGGCCGGGGAUGGCCCAGGUCCGGGUGUGCAACGCCCGGGUCGCAAUGCAGCUGACAUACCCAUGCAGGGCACGUCCACAGGACUUCGCUUAUCUGGCCAUGGCAUGCCAUCGGGGGAGUCAUGGUCUACAUACCGUAACUUCACUACAGCAGCAGCAGCAGCGCCUGCACAAACAGUAUCACCAGGUGCAAGGCAGGUGUCCUCUCCACACAGAGCGAAAGCCUGGGCGGGGAUUCCCCAUCCCCAGUCGUCGCUUGUACCGUCAUGCGAGACCGACCCAGCCAGGAGAGUGCGUCGGCAAUUCUCCCAGCCGAGCCCCGUGGCAACCACGAGACGCCAUCACCACUCCCAGGUAAAACUGUCUCCGCUGGGCAAGACGGUUGCCAUGGUCGCGGCAGGUCAAACAGCGCAUCGCCGAUCGGGCGGAAGUGGCUCAACAGCUUCACCUGCGAACGCGGCAGCAAAGACUGCUCACCAGCCAGUGGUCAUAUACAGCACGACGGUGCAGAGUCGUCAUGUGGUCGCCGACUCUGCAGACAUCCUGGCCAGAGCUAGCAGCCGCCGUGCAAGCUCAAGCACUGACGUCGUCGUUCAGAGAACGCCCGGCAAGAAACCCAGCUCGGCGAGCCACAACGCUGCCGCGUCGGAACUGAGUCGCGAUCAAUGCUGGGCAGCGACGGCGGCGGGUGCAUCGCCAACGGCCGCUGGUCAUGUUAAGUCUCCGCUGCCGCUCACUCCAGAAUGCACUGCUAGUGCCGCUCUAGAUUACAGCAAGCCAGCGGAGCCAUCCUCUUCGACGAAUGGACGCACGAAGCGGCUGGUAGUCUUCAAGGGAGUUAUGGGGAAAUCCCCUUUCUCCAAGCAUCACCAUCACAGUCGAGGUAACCACCACCAUCAUCAUCGGCGUAGCCACGGCGACACCAGCAGAGUGCGCAUGCUCGAGCUGGUGGACAUCGACCCGGGUUUCGCGGCGAGCGACGAGGGAGAUCCGAUCGGUAACCAAGGCGACGAGAUGCCGUCCCCACCUCGCCCGCAUGCAGUGCACCGUACUGCCGACGAUGACAACUCUGAUGGUGAGUUGGCACCAGGCACACCGAGAGCUCUGGUCUUGCGCGAGGGGGCGUCAGUGCGGAGACGUCUGUUUCGCCAACUAUCAACGUCCUCCAUGCCGGCCAGUAGCGGGGCUGAGUUGGAGGUUCGCACAGGAGACCGCAGCAGUAGCAGCAUGUCCAGCAGCGACGGCGGCGACGGUGGCGGCGAACGCGGACACCAUCAACGGCAUCAUCGCCGUGUGCCGUCGAGGCCUGGCGGCGUCCAGCAGCCCGGCAGCAAGCUGUGCAGGCGCCGCAAGGCCGAGCGCUCUGUGCAGGUGACUACAGCAGCUACAGCAGACUGCACAGCCGGCAAGCGUCACAGGGCAAUUACAGCACAUACGCUGGAUUCAGAUGGUGUGUCACCCGCCGGGAGUGUGACCUCAUGGUCAGCUGGUGACCGUCUGUCGGACUGGCCCAGGAGUGACGAUGACUCAGAUCGGCUGUCGGCACGCGUGCGCUAGCAUCCAUUAUCAUCAUUGUGUCAACCGGAACCAGAUUGUAUUUUCUGACCAAAAUAUGGCUGAGAUUAUGUCACAGGCGGUACAAAUGUUCAAAGCAGCAUGACCCCUGGGAGGACUGAUUCAGUUGCCAAGAAAUGCAGCCAUCGGCAAGCCAAAAAGAAGCGGAGAAAGAGUGACGAUGACUCAGAUCGGCUAUCGGCACGCCUGCGCUAGCAUACGUUAUCAUCGUUGUGUCAACCGGAACCAGAGUGCAGGCUCAUUGUAUUUUCUGACCAAAAUAUGGCUGAGAUCAUGUCACAGGCGGACUGGGAGGACUGAUUCAGUCGCCAAGAAAUGCAGCCAUCAGCAGAGAAUUUCUAAAAUUCUAGCCAUCCCAAACCCUGACUACCACCCCCUCCUGAAUGAUUACUCCGGAAUGAUUACUUUUAUAGCCUAUCCUCUCUGAACUUCACACCUGAAAUGCAAUCGGUCAACCGCCCUCAGCCUACAAAGUUCAGCAGCUGGUGGCUUUUGUUGUAGGAGAAACAGCCCGGAAAAUUCUAGCGGAGAAGAACAUCGAAAAUUCUUAAAUCUGGGUUUGGAAAUUUUAUUUUUCAUUGCUAUCAGGUUCUGCCUCAUGUCCUCUGUGCUGCGCUGAUGCGUCCAUAAAGGACGAAACAGUUCUGGCCGCAGAUUGAGUAAAAUUCUUUUUUCAAUAUUACUCUUCUUGCUUACCAUAUACGGCGCAUAAUUGCGUACCGGUUACCGCACCUCUGCAUCUUUCUUUUACUUUUUAGCACUGCUCUAUCAGUAUGUGAUCAUAUAUCAUCAUUAUGAUCCCAUUACUAUGACAUCAUGUCAUCAUUAUGAUCCCGAUAUGAUGACAUCAUCAUAUCCCGGCAAUGUGUGGAGAUAAUUAUUGCUGAGUAGUUCUCCGCUGCCAUGUGUGGAGAUAAUUAUUGUUGAGUAGUUCUCCGCUGCCUUGAGCUGUUAUAUGUGGAGAUCAUUAUUGUUGAGUAGUUCUCCCCGGCCUUGAGCUGUUCUUGUUGCUAGCGAAGAAAUUUACUUGAAUGAUAAUUAUAUUCUCGACCUCUGCUGCCAUUAUUCGAACGGCGUGCAUAUAUAACGAGUUACUAAAAUUGA